AUGGCCGCUCUCAACCUUCGUGAGACCUACCGACAGAAAUAUUUACUCUAUAUGGCUGUCAGGAACCUCACAAAGAAUCACCUCACCCCAUUUCAGCUCUGUGAACUCAUCAUGGACCUUACUGUUCUCAAUACCAUCAAAAACACCUGCUAUCUAAAUCCUCGCACCAAUGUACCAAAAGCUGGUCAGCUCUUCACCCUUAUGGCCGAGUACAGAAGUGACACUUCACAUCAUCAUCAUUUUGUGCAUCUGCUUCGAGUGUCUCCUGUGGUUUUUGAUGUCAUUGUAGCAUUGAUUCAUGACCAUCCGGUCUUUCACAAUGACUCCCAGCAUCCACAGGCUCCUGUCGAGCAAUAG